GAUCCGAGGCACUCGCAGCUCGUCUGCAGCGACAGGAGAGAAGACGAGGCGAGCGCAGAGGACCUCACCUCCUCAAGCAGCGAGUGAGGUAGGGAAGGAACGACCGAGAAGCGACAGAGGAGGACACGAGGCCGUGGAGUAAAACAAGAAGAAGAAGAAGAAGAAGAGGCGAGGAGUGUUUAAUUGUCUGCGCUCCGUUUGCAAAGUGUUUUCAUUUCACGCGCACAGAUUCGACAUGUCAUCGUCCGGCAAAGACAACAGCGGCGCCCAACACGCCAAUUACGUGGGACCUUACCGUUUGGAGAAGACGCUCGGGAAAGGACAGACAGGCUUGGUCAAGCUCGGGAUCCAUUGUGUAACAUGCCAGAAGGUCGCCAUAAAGAUUGUCAACCGCGAGAAACUCAGCGAGUCAGUACUAAUGAAGGUGGAGCGAGAAAUAGCUAUUCUGAAGCUCAUAGAACACCCACAUGUUUUAAAGCUACAUGACGUCUACGAAAAUAAAAAAUACUUGUACCUUGUGCUAGAACAUGUGUCGGGCGGUGAGCUGUUUGACUACUUGGUGAAGAAAGGCAGGUUAACGCCUAAAGAGGCCAGGAAAUUCUUCAGACAGAUCAUGUCUGCCCUGGAUUUUUGCCACAGUCAUUCCAUAUGCCACAGGGAUCUGAAGCCCGAGAACCUGUUGCUAGAUGAAAAGAACAACAUCAGGAUAGCAGACUUCGGCAUGGCCUCCCUUCAGGUCGGAGACAGUCUGCUGGAAACCAGCUGUGGAUCUCCACACUACGCCUGUCCGGAGGUCAUCAGGGGGGAGAAGUAUGACGGGAGGAAAGCAGACGUCUGGAGCUGUGGGGUCAUUCUUUUUGCCCUGUUGGUGGGCGCCCUGCCGUUUGAUGAUGACAACCUGAGGAAUCUUCUGGAGAAGGUGAAGUUGGGGGUGUUUCACAUGCCACACUUCAUCCCUCCGGACUGUCAGAAUCUUCUCCGUGGCAUGAUUGAAGUGGAUGCUGGCAAAAGACUAACGUUAGAACAGAUCCAGAAGCACACGUGGUACAUUGGGGGGAAGAACGAGCCGGAGCCAGAGCAGCCUGUGCCCAGGAAGGUGACGAUCCGCAGCCUGCCCUCCGCGGACGAUAUCGACCCGGACGUACUGGACAGCAUGCACUCCCUGGGCUGCUUCAGAGACAAAAACAAACUCAUGAAAGACCUGCUUUCAGACGAUGACAACCAAGAAAAGAUGAUCUACUUCCUGUUGCUGGACCGUAAGGAGAGAUAUCCAAGUCAGGAGGACCAGAACCUUCCCCCUCGUAAUGAGAUUGAUCCUCCAAAGAAGCGAGUGGACUCCCCCAUGUUGAACCGCCACGGGAAGAGGAGACCAGAGAGGAAGUCCAUGGAGGUCCUCAGCGUCACAGAUGGAGGCUCGCCCGUGCCGGCCAGGAGGGCUAUCGACAUGACGCAGCACGGACAAAGGUAUGCAUGGAGGUCGCGGUCUAUCAGCGGAGCCUCCUCCGGCCUCUCCACCAGCCCCCUCAGCAGCCCGCGGGUUACCCCUCACCCCUCCCCUCGAGGCAGCCCCCUCCCCACCCCAAAGGGCACCCCAGUGCACACUCCCAAGGACAGCCCAUGCGGGACCCCCACCCCAACGCCACCCCCCAGCCCGUCCAUCGGAGGCAUGCCGUGGAGGACGCGCCUCAACUCCAUCAAGAACAGCUUCCUGGGCUCACCACGCUUCCACCGCAGGAAACUCCAAGUUCCCACGCAAGAGGAGAUGUCCAGCCUCACACCAGAGUCUUCCCCAGAACUUGCCAAAAAAUCCUGGUUUGGUAACUUCAUCAACCUGGAAAAGGAGGAGCAGAUCUUCAUUGUCAUCAAAGACAAGCCUCUCAGCUCCAUCAAGGCAGACAUUGUUCAAGCCUUUCUCUCGAUUCCCAGCCUAAGCCACAGUGUGAUUUCUCAGACCAGUUUUCGAGCAGAGUACAAGUCCACGGCCGGCCCGACAGUCUUCCAGAAGCCGGUCAAAUUCCAGGUGGACAUCACCUACACGGAGAGCACGGCUGCAACGAAGGAGAAUGGCAUCUACUCCGUCACCUUCACCCUGCUCUCAGGACCCAGCCGGCGCUUUAAGCGAGUAGUGGAGACGAUUCAGGGUCAGUUGUUAAGCACACACGACCAGCCUGGGGUCCAACAGCUGUCUGGAAUUAUCCAGAAAUCCUAUUAAGUCCCUCCUCCUGCUCUGCCCGCCCCUCCUUCCUUCGACCACCCCCCCCCCCCCCCCCCCCCCCCCCCCCCCCCUCCUGAGCGCCGAGAGAGACGGGGCAUCGUCUGUUGACGGAGGACUGCUUUCAGAGGUGCGCUCAGACGUGGGGCGGCGGGGGGUUACCAUGGAAACAGACCCCUUCACGCAGACUUCUACCUUCGUCUCCCUCUGUGCCCCCUUUGUACACCUCUGGCAGCCGUCGAUAGAAGUAGUUGAAAAAUACCUUUAGUGUACACCUCCCCUCCCCAUCUUGGAAACAUGGUAACACACAUGUGCAGCACAACUCAUCCACACACAUCCCAAUGAAACGAGACACGAACCCUCCCCUCAUGCUACCCCCUGCCCCCCCGACGCCUUCCCUCUUUUUUUCGAGCUCAAGGAGCAUUGAUUAAUUGGGGAAACUAUACAACACUAUAUACAAAUAAAAAAAUGUGCACGCGUACACGCACAGGUGCAGUGUGCACAGAAAACUCUGGGAUGUAUUAACACAGAACAUGAAGAACAACAACAACAACAACAACAAAAAGAAGAAGACGUGCAGACAAACUGAUUCCGAGGAGGAGAGAAGGGGUGUGGGAGUUUUGUGGAAAAGCCGACGCGGACGCUUGCUGGAUUGUAUUUGUUUGCUUUUUAAAUGUACUUUCUUUGUGAAGAACUGGGUUUCAAAAUAUUAAUGGACUUUAUUAGACUCAAUACUAUUGCUGCAAAUGGACUGGAAUUUGUGAUUCCAGAGGGGAGCCGGGGGUGCGAGCAGAGCCAGGGCGGUGGGUGAUGAGAUGACAGUAUCGGGGGGCGGGGGAGGGGGGGGAGGGUUUAUGUGGGUAUUUAAAAUGAAUGAUCUAUUCUGUUGUACAGACUGAUAUCAUUUCUUAUGUAAAAAAAAAAAGAAGAAAUGUCUAGUUGUGACACUAUGUUUAGAUACCAUAGGGACGGGUUGGUAAACCUGCACCUGCCACAUACUGUCAUUUUAAAUUCUUCUGUGUAUUUCUUCUGUUAAAUUGAUCAUCGACCUGAUUAUCACCCAACACAUUCCUGCUCCCUGUUAUAUGCAGCACUUUUGUUGUCUUUCGGUUUUCCAUUCACACCUCUCUCUUCGUCUUACUCACCAGCAGUAGGAGUAGAGGAACGGAAGAAAAAAAAAAACGAUGACAUGAUAAAUGCAAUUGUGGAUAUUUUUGUAUUUUUUUCGUCCCUAUUUAUUCCAACGUUUGUUCAUCUCGCCGUCCGACUUCCUAAUUUAUUGUUACUUGGCUAUUUAUAUGAACAAAGCUGUUAGGUCAGUUGAAUGUUAUUUAUUACCCUCUUGUGUGUUUGUAAAUGGGGCAACAUUUGAAGAAAAGACAAAGAUUUAUUUUCUUUUGUUUGGACUUUUAACAGAAUUAUGUGAACAUUGACACUGUCGCAAGUUCUCUUUUCCCUGACCUGAAAAGAGAACUUGCGCGAUCUCUUGGGGGGGAAAAAAUGAUUUACCAGUAAUUUAAGAAUGUAGACUUAGCCUCUUUUUGGAGAGGGAAUAUGCUCUUCUAUCGAUAUUUGUCAGUUUCAUAUUAAUAGUACGUGUAGGCCAGGCCUGGGGAGAAGGACGCCACAGAUCCCGACAUACUUCUUCUUCUCUUUGUAAAUAGACGGACGGACCAUGACGGUCGAUCGUCUUCUCAACCGCGCCGGGGAUUUCCUGCUCUAUGCUUUUAGCUUGUAUCGCUGUGUGCAUGUCCAACACGAGCUUUUCUUUGCAUGGCUUUAGUGUUAAUGUUCCAUGCCAAACUCCCCCCUUCUCUCAGCGUUUCGUCGAUUUCUCCACAAAACUACUAUGUUUUCAAUUCCCCCCUCCGUCCCUCUCUCUUUCACCCUCUAUCUACUUUUAUUUCUUGCCCCCUCUUUCUCUCUCUCUCUUUUCCUUUUUUUUUUUUUUUUUUUAAUCGUCCCCUUUCUCCUCCUCUUAUCUUGUGCACAAAGUGAAACGAUGCUUCCUCUCCGGAAGGCUCGGAGGGUCUGGGCUCUCUCUCUACCAGUGGUAGGCAAAGGCACAGGGAGGGGAUAUCAGUAGUACAAAACACAAAGCAAUACCCUAUUGUUCACCCUCCUUUCUGUUUUCUACAAUGGGAAGCUAGCAGCACUAAGGACAUCCAGUGGUCCAGAGGCCCAGGGCGGCCUUUCGACAGAGCAGGAACAAAAAACGACUGAUGUAAUCCCCAUAAUAACACGACUGUGAGCAUCUUCAAUGCUGAAACAAAUAAACUCAUUCAGUUACUGUG